GAAUUUGAGAUAGUACAAGAUGAUAUAAGCCCUUAGAGCUGUUUACAAUCAUUGGCUUAUCAAAAACUUGAACAGAAAGUACCAGACAGCUCAGUGACAUGGCAACGUUUACCUCAAGUGAUAUUGCUUUCGUGACAGGGGCCGGGAGCGGUAUAGGACGUGCCACUUGUCAGCUGUUGGCCAAGGAAGGAGCUACAGUCGUGGCGGCGGAUAUCAACAAGAAAGGUGCAGAUGAAACUGUCCUUGGCCUUGCAGGUAAAAACCACAUGAGCAUCCGGCUGGACGUGACCAAGAAGGACGAUGUGGCCAAGGCAAUCUCUGAAGUGAUCGCCAAGUACUCUUCACCGCCCAACAUAGCCGUUAACUGUGCUGGGCUGAUAUUGUGCGAGCCUCUGUUGGACCUCACCGAAGAAACUUACAACAAACUGUCUGACGUCAACGUCAAGGGAACCUUCUGGGUGACCCAAGCAGUGAUCAGGGAAUUGGUGGCCGCACAGAAGAAGGGAGCUAUCGUUAAUAUCGCCAGCAUCGCCAAGUCCGGGUACGCCUUGACAACUCUCUAUGGGGCCAACAAAGCAGCGGUGGAGACUUUCAGCCUUGCUGCCGGGGAGGGAAUUCGGCCCAAAGUAAGCUUAAAAAGAAGACAGUUGCAAGAUGAGUGUGAAGCUGAGGAAGAUUUUGAAACCCAGCCUACUCACCUGGGCACUACUAACCAGUUACAAGGGAUCCGGGUUAACACAAUCUCGCCAGGCUUCACUGACACACCGAUGAUGGUUCCUUUUCCGGAAGAAUUCAAAAAGAUAUAUAUCAAUGAUAAUCCUUUGAAACGGCCCGCCAAGCCAGAAGAAAUUGCCGAGACGAUCUGUUUUCUAGUGAGUGAGAAAAGCGCCUAUGUAAACGCAACCUCUAUGUUUGUCCAUGGAGGAUGUAUUUGCUAGAGAAGAGCAUAUCUUGGUUUUCCAGGGUUUUAUACUAAACGACCGCACAUACAUAUCUGACUGGCACCACUAAUAUAAUUUCUGUGUAAAUAUAAUGAAAUAAUAUUAAUAAAUAAAAAAAGUAU